AUGUCAUCCGCAACCACCACCUCCACCUCCCCUUCCUCUGCGAAAGUUCCGCCGGCCAAGAAGCGGCAAGAAAAGCCGCUCAACUCGCUAGUUGCUGGUGCUUUUGCAGGCGCAGUGGAAGGGUUCGCAACGUACCCUACCGAAUACGUCAAGACGCAAGCUCAAUUUGCAGUGGCUAGCGGAGCCAAACCUCCUGGGCCUUUUGCCAUCGUCAAGGAGACGGUGGGUAGGAACGGCGUGCGAGGCUUGUACGCAGGAUGCUCGUGAGUCGCCUCAGCUUGGCACAGCUCCGAGUUCGGAGAGCGUUCGGGGCGGCAAGAUUUGACGCUGUCAAUGCCUGCAUACCUCGGACUCAUGACCAAUGUCUUGUGGCUUGUGCAUAGAGCACUCGUUGCGGGCAACGCGGUCAAAGCAGGAGUCAGAUUCCUCUCUUACGACAGUAUCAAGCUAGCCGUAGCUGAUCGCGAAACGGGUCAAUUGACGCUUCCAAGAUCCAUCGCCGCUGGUUUUCUGGCAGGCUUGUGCGAAGGUGCUUUUGCUGUCGCCCCCUCUGAAGCUAUCAAGACGAGACUGAUAGAGGAUGGAAAGAAACCAAAGUCGGAGAGGUUGUACAAGGUGCGUCACUCUUGACCGCUUUCGAAGCUCUGAGCUCCGCAUGGACCGGCGGAUAGCUCCGCAGUCCUGCUCGUGAGAGGGUGUUUAGAUCGAAGCAAGUCUCACGAUGCUCUUCUCGCACGUUGGCCACAUCAGGGUCUCAUCAGCGGUAGCGCAGCCAUCGUCCGGGCGGAAGGCAUUCGCGGCAUUUACAAAGGUCUCGUGCCAACAGUGAGUCUGAUUGGACCUCGUUUCGAGCCAGGCGCCCCGACGACCCUGCUAACGAGCCGUCACUUUUUUGCACCUGCACCUGCGCACACGAUUGGCAGAUGGCGAGACAAGGAGCUAAUUCUGCAGUUCGCUUGACAACCUACUCGACACUCAGGGCGCUCGCUACCAAAGAUGGGCGCAAGACGGGCAGUGUGGAGACAUUCUUGAUGGGUGCCGCUGCUGGUGUGGUCACAGUCUGUGCGUAUUUCCAGGAGGGAUUUUGCAAGACCUCUUGUUUCAAGAGAUGGGGUACUUACUGACUUCCUUGAACUUUGCGCCUUCAUCAACUCCCCCUUCCCUCGUUCUCAGACCUGACGAUGCCUUUCGAGUGAGUGUGCACGGCGUGACUUGCAGAGCCCACGUCAAGACCCGCUGACGCGCCUUUCGAUCUUCCUCUCUUCUCAGCGUGGUCAAGACGCGAUUGCAAUCUGCCAAUUCGGCUCGCUAUACGGGCAUGCUCAAUUGCUUCACGACUGUCCUGAAGGAAGAAGGUGUGCUGAGGUUCUGGAAAGGUACCACACCGCGGCUUACCAGGUUGAUAUUGAGCGGAGGCAUCGUCUUUACCAUUUACGAGAAUGCUCUCAACCUACUAGAUGCCCUGGAACACAAGGCUGUCGACGUGGCCAAGGACAACGGUGUGGUCAAGGCGUAA